AUGGCUCCAUUCGCCAUCCGCACUUCUCCUUCCCUCACCACCACCAGCAGCACCAUCCUCUCCUCUCUCCCUGCCACGUGUCAACCGCUGAUAGGCCGCGCAUGCAUGAGGUUGCUGGUAACCGCUCUGAAGCUGUACCUGGACUUCGUGAUUGCGGUUGGGUCUGGUGAAGCUGGGUCCGGCAGGGUGGGAGGCAGAUGGACGGACUGUUACUGCCAGGAGUGUGGUGAUGCUUAUGAAAGGCAGGCGCUACAUUUCACCGUGGUGGGAGGGAGUGCGGUGGGAGGGAGUGUGGUUGGAGGGGGUGUGGUGGGAGGGGGUGUGGUGGGAGGGGAUGUGGUCAGAAGUGCUGUGUACUCCUGCUGCAUGGCUUCUGUACUGCUUCCUCCUUUUGGACCGACACCGCUAUGCCGUUUUCUUCCCAGGAGCUUCCUGGAGGGCAGGAGGGUGGUGGCGGUGGACCUGCUGGGGUGGGGCAAGAGCCCCAAGCCGAGGGAAUGUGAUUAUAGUGUGGAGGAGCACGUGAGCUGGAUAGAGCGCACGGUGCUGGCCCCACUCAGCAUCUCCACCUUCCACAUCGUGGGCCACAGCAUGGGGUCCUUGAUAGGUGCGGUUCUGGCUGCUCGCAACCGAGACAGGGUGGUGUCUGUCUGCCUCUACUCGCCUCCCUACAUCCCUCCCCGACCAGGCCUCACACCAGCAGAGGAGUUUUACCAGCAAGUCUCCCCGCGCUGCUUCUCCCCUGCACUGCUAUUGUGCACCAGCAUGGUGGCGUGGUUCGAGCACGUGGGCCGAGUCAUCUGCGCCUUGCUGACGCAAUUUCAUUGGCUCUUGGACGCCCUCGCUGCUCUCCUGCUGCCCCUGCUCGCUUCGCGGCCUUCGGCCAAGCCUCUCCCCCAAACAUCUCAUAAUCCCCAUCCCUCAACUCCCCAUCCCCGCCUCCCCAUCCCUUCCCUCCCCAUCCCUCAACUCCCCAUCCCCGCCUCCCCAUCCCUUCCCUCCCCAUCCCUCAUCUCCCCAUCCCUUCCCUCCCCAUCCCUCAUCUCCCCAUCCCUUCCCUCUCCAUCCCUCACCUCCCCAUCCCCGCCGCCCCAUCCCUUCCCUCCCCAUCCCUCACCUCCCAGUCUCUCAUCUUACCGUACCUCUCCCCAUCCCUCAUCUCCCCAUCCCCAUCCCUCAUCUCCCCAUCCCCAUCUCCUCCUCACCCCAUCUCCUCCUCACCCCAUCUCCUCCUCACCCCAUCUCCUCCUCACCCCAUCUCCUCCUCACCCCAUCUCCUCCUCACCCCAUCUCCUCCUCACCCCAUCUCCUCCUCACCCCAUCUCCUCCUCACCCCAUCUCCUCCUCACCCCAUCUCCUCCUCACCCCAUCUCCUCCUCACCCCAUCUCCUCCUCACCCCAUCUCCUCCUCACCCCAUCUCCUCCUCACCCCAUCUCCUCCUCACCCCAUCUCCUCCUCACCCCAUCUCCUCCUCACCCCAUCUCCUCCUCACCCCAUCUCCUCCUCACCCCACCCCUCCCUCCUCCUCACCUCCCACCCCUCUCUCCUCCUCACCCCAUCUCUCCUCCUCACCCCAUCUCUCCUCCUCACCCCAUCUCUCCUCCUCACCCCAUCUCUCCUCCUCACCCCAUCUCUCCUCCUCACCCCAUCUCUCCUCCUCACCCCAUCUCUCCUCCUCACCCCAUCUCUCCUCCUCACCCCAUCUCUCCUCCUCACCCCAUCUCUCCUCCUCACCCCAUCUCUCCUCCUCACCCCAUCUCUCCUCCUCACCCCAUCUCUCCUCCUCACCCCAUCUCUCCUCCUCACCCCAUCUCUCCUCCUCACCCCAUCUCUCCUCCUCACCCCAUCUCUCCUCCUCACCCCAUCUCUCCUCCUCACCCCAUCUCUCCUCCUCACCCCAUCUCUCCUCCUCACCCCAUCUCUCCUCCUCACCCCAUCUCUCCUCCUCACCCCAUCUCUCCUCCUCACCCCAUCUCUCCUCCUCACCCCAUCUCUCCUCCUCACCCCAUCUCUCCUCCUCACCCCAUCUCUCCUCCUCACCCCAUCUCUCCUCCUCACCCCAUCUCUCCUCCUCACCCCAUCUCUCCUCCUCACCCCAUCUCUCCUCCUCACCCCAUCUCUCCUCCUCACCCCAUCUCUCCUCCUCACCCCAUCUCUCCUCCUCACCCCAUCUCUCCUCCUCACCCCAUCUCUCCUCCUCACCCCAUCUCUCCUCCUCACCCCAUCUCUCCUCCUCACCCCAUCUCUCCUCCUCACCCCAUCUCUCCCCCUCACCCCAUCUCUCCCCCUCACCCCAUCUCUCCCCCUCACCCCAUCUCUCCCCCUCACCCCAUCUCUCCCCCUCACCCCAUCUCUCCCCCUCACCCCAUCUCUCCUCCUCACCCCAUCUCUCCUCCUCACCCCAUCUCUCCUCCUAUACACAUCCGCUUCUUUCCCCUUCCCUCACCCCCGCGUCCCCUCCUCUCCCAAGCCCAUCCCACCUCACCACUUCCCUCCUCUUCCCAUCCAUCCUCUCCUCAUCCCUCCCCAUCCGUCCUUUUCCCAUCCGAUCCUCUCCCCCUCCCCUCCAGGUGUUUCCCACACCGCCCUCGGCCCAGCGGCACCUCUUCAUCCCUUGUGCUUUUCUGCACCAGGGAGCUGCUUGGGGCGCUGUGGGCGGAUGGUGGUGGGCAGAGUCACUUAGCAGAGGCAGUCGUGGUGCUGCUUGUCCUCCCUUUCCCCCCCGUCCUCCCAACAUCACUUCCUCCCUUCAGUCACUUCCUCCCUUCAUCGCUUCCUCCCUUCUGUCCUCAAUCCCUUCUGCCCUCAAUCACAUUCUUCAUCCUUUCUCCCAUCCUUUUUUCCUCCCUGCAUCCCUUCAUCUGUUCCUCCCUUCAUCCAUCCAUCCUUCCCUUCCUCUGUUCCUCUCUUCCUCCCUUCGACCCUUCCUCCGUUUCUCCCUUCCUCUGUCCCUCCCUUCCCCUGACGUCCUUCUGUUUGUCUCCUACCGUUCCAGGAGUUUCUCUUUAUUUCUUCCUCUUCGUGUUGCUUGCUUGUCAGUAGUCAUUCUUUUGUAUGCUUAG